CCCUGCGCGGGGGUGCGGCUGGAGGAGGGUGUGUGUGAGAGCGGCCCCGGCUCAGCCUGAUUUACGGCUCUGCUGAAAACCGCUUCGCUCCCGCAGCAUCAGCACCGGCCGCGGCGGCAGCAGCAGCUGCAGCUGCAGCAACAAGUCUGGACUUUUAGAGUAAUGCAACAGAAGGCAUUUGAGGAAAGCAGAUAUCCCUGGCAGGAAUCCUUUGAGAAUGUUGCUGUGUGCCUGCCAUUCCGCUGCCCGAGGUGUGGAGACCAUACCAGAUUUAGAAGCCUGUCUUCCUUGAGGGCCCAUCUGGAAUUCAGUCACAGCUACGAGGAAAGAACCCUCUUGACAAAAUGCAGCAUCUUUUCUUCCCUCAAAGACACAGACCUAGUUACUUCCUCGGAACCCCUGAAGCAGGAAACAUCGCCAAGCAGUGCUGGCAUUGUGGUCAAGCAGAAGCCGAGCUAUGUUAACUUGUAUAGCAUUUCGCAUGAACACUCAAAGGACAGGAAGCCAUUUGAGGUGGUGGCAGAGAGGCCGGUUUCCUACGUGCAGACCUACGCGGCGAUGGACCUGCGAGCAGACUCGCUGGGUGCCCCGAGGUCGAGUCACGGCCUUCCCACCUCAGACACCAAAGCUUCUUUCGAGGCACAUGUCAGAGAGAAAUUCAACCGGAUGGUCGAGGCUGUGGAUAGGACCAUCGAGAAGAGAAUCGAUAAACUCACCAAAGAGUUGGCCCAGAAAACUGCGGAACUGUUGGAAGUUCGGGCAGCUUUCGUGCAGCUGACUCAGAAGAAGCAGGAAGUUCAGAGGCGAGAGCGGACCCUGAAUAGACAGGUGGACGUGGCGGUGGAGAUGAUCGCGGCGCUGAGGCAGCGCCUGACGGAGUCCGAGGAGGAGCUUCUCAGGAAAGAAGAAGAAGUUGUUACGUUCAACCAUUUCCUGGAAGCAGCAGCAGAAAAGGAGGUUCAAGGGAAAGCUCGGCUCCAGGACUUUAUUGAGAAUCUGUUGCAACGAGUGGAACUGGCGGAGAAGCAGUUGGAGUACUAUCAGAGCCAGCAGACCGCUGGCCUCUGCCACGACAUCAGCAAGCACGUGCUUACAGAUAUCUCCUCAAAUAAGAAACCCAGAUGCCUAGGCCGAGGGCACCCACAUUCUGCGUCUAACUAUCCUGAUCUGAAGACCCAUUUCCAUCCAAAGGGAAGGAGCUACCUGAAGAAAGCCAAGGAUGACAGGGCCAGCAUGCAGCCUGCUAAGUCCAUUCAUGAACAGGCCGAGUUCUCGAGAGAACUCUGCAGACCACCGAAGAAAGGGGAGCCUCUGGGGUUUAGCCGGAAAGGCAACAUCAGGCCCAAAAUGGCUAAAAAGAAGCCAACAGCAAUCGUGAAUAUCAUCUAAAAGGGCAGGUGGCUCUGAACCACCAUCGCUGGGCUUUGGGGAAUGUUCUAGGGGCGAACAAUAACGUUCUUUUGGACACAUUCCAUGGUAUUUGAAAAGCAACAGUCCAUAAAAGAGCCUCUGUUAACCAGAAUUUAAUAAAAAGGAACCUUGGUGGAUCAGAAUUUUUGUGACAGGCCGCUUUUAGAAGCUAAAGGCAAAUUUCAGAAAGAAUAAAAAACUGAAGCAAUCUUCUCCCAAGGCUUUGGUAAAAUGAAGCUCCAAUUUCUAGUUUCCACCUCUGAGGUUCUCAGACCCUAGGAUACUCGAGAAGUCAGGCACCAGCAGAAAAUUUAUCUUGCCCACUGUUCUCUAAAUUGUGAGGCAAGGAAUGGGAGUGUAAAGUUCUGUUAAUAGCAGUGAAAAUAAAAAAAAAGUUUUGUUUUUAACAUUCCUCUCAAUGAACUGGAAAGCCCCCCCAAAAGCAAGAUUCUGUUCCCCCAGUGUUCUGGUUAAUUGAGGUUUGAAUUUUGGUUGCUUAAGAGACUUGUUCAGCCAGAUUCCAGCUUUUCUCAUUUCAAAGGACUGAUUUUCAGUUUAUUUGUGUGAUUUAGGUUCCAUGUAUCCCUAGGUGCAUGUUUAUUCAGAUUUUGGUACAUCUCUACUCUCCCUUUUGGCUGAGUAUUCUGCACCCUGAGACUUUGGUGCCAGCUUGUAUUUUAAUAGCUGCUUCUAUUGCUGUGGUUGGGGAGGACAGUAAAACCCUUCUGUUCAGCACCCAUCAUUGGUGCAGCAUCUGAGUGAUUGGAAAGCCAGUGGACUGCGCGUUUAGUGUAUUGUGAGUUGUCCUGGAAACACUGCAGAAGUGGCUCAGCCCUUUCCAAAGACCUGCUCCCCCGGCAGUGUCAGCAGCCUCCCUGUGUUAGCUGUGGGCAUGACUUUGUCUUUGCUGCCCUAGUGUUUCCACCAGGCAGCUCGCUUCGACUCCUGCUGCUUCUGUUUCCCUUUAUGACUAAAAUAUAUAUUCUUACCUUUCAACCAAGUAUCUGAAAUGUUCAUUGUAUACUGCUUUCUAAAGUAAUUUCUGAAAUAAACGAUGCAUGUAGGAUCCAGAAUCUGAGACUCUUCCCCUCCCUCACUUAGAAUAGCUUUUGUUUCUACAAAGAACUGUUAAAAGCCUCCUGCUUUCCAAAUUUUUUCCAAGAAUGAAUCCCCAUGAUACUUUUCCUUUUAAAUUAGCAGUCUCAUCAAGUCUCAUGCAGAGUUUAAAAAUGCAGAUAUCCUCCUGGAAAUAAGAAUAAUUUUUUCUGCAAAUAUAUACACUCAUAAAAUAUAUAUGACAAGUGUAUUAAUAAUUUAUUUUUAAAUACUCAUGAAGAAGGUGUGUGUUUGUGGUGGGUGAUCUUUAAACUAUAUAUGUUAGUUCAUGUAGAUUAAAUUUUCUUAUUUUAAGAAUUAUAACUGUAACCUAAUUAACAUUAGUAAGAAUUAGGAUUGUUAUUGCACUAAGCAUCAGAUUAGCAGUACAUUAAACAUAGAUUAUAAAGCAAUUAAUUAAAAUACCAAUAAAUUGAAAGGUGUAACUUAUUCAAGCAUUUUGAAUCUAUCAUAGUGAAAAUGAUUUUUGAGUCUUCACUUUUGACUUUUGGGGGUGGCCCAUUCCUGUGGUGUAUAGGCAACUAUCAAGUGGCAAUAAAACAUUGCUGUGAAUAUCACCGUUUAGGCCAACAUUGUAAACAUUGUAAUGUAAUAAUAAUUAUUUAUUUGGAGAAUUAACCUCCUCAAGAGGUUAUUGUUGAUGUUUAUACCACGACUGCACUUUAACCUUUAACAUACUAAAAAAAUUGAUUUGUUAGUUGUAUUGCAUGCUUUUUGUCUUGUAAUGUGUGCGAGAUAACAACUUAGUUUUGAAGAUGGCAUAGCCAGAUUUUUUUUCAUUUUAUUUAAUAUAACUUACAUUUUCAGUUUUUCGUUUAAAUAUGCCUAGAGGGCAUGGCAGCCCUCUUUUACAGUGGUACCCUGUGAUCUUCAGAAAGCACUGUACUGUUAUAGCUACUCUAUAUACAUUAUAUGACAUAUUAUACAAAUUAUUUAUUAUAUUCAUAUGCUGUGCUUCCUUUGAGACAUAAAUUUACUGUUGGAAAAUAGGAGCUGGCUCACUCUAAGGGAUACUCCAUAUACAUGCCAUGGCCUGGGCCAUGAGCUGUGUCCCGCUUUGUGUCUUAUUUGUAAAUAUUUUUUUUUGUCUACGUGGACCUUACAGUUAGGGAAGUUGCUUUUUAUUGAAGAAAUCACCAAAGGUUCUGUGAAAACAUGUUCAAGGUUAAACUGAAGAAUAGGUCUAAUUUUAUUCUGUGUUUUGUAGGGAAGAAAUCUUCAUUUGGACUGUGCUUUCUUUCUGUCUUUUUUUGGCCCCCAAAGUAGGUUAUAGAUUCGUAACUGCGAAGUUCAGAUUGCUUAGAUACUGUUUUCCAGUUUUCUUCAGGGCCAGUCAGUUGUAAAGAAGUUGGAAUAUUCUGUCCCCAGAAUUUAAAAAAAGUUUUUAGAUUAUGAAAUAUUCUAAUAAUAAAGCUAUAUUUCUGA